AUGGGCGUCUAUUUGGGGAUCGCGCCAUCAAUUUCAUAUUUAGAAGAUGACGUCACCCUUGAAGACAAUGUGCCAAACCAACGCCAAACAGGUUCUGCUGGCAAACCUUUGCAACACUUGCACAUGUCACCGACACGAUUACAACUACUUAUUGCUGCUCAGAAAUUUUGCGAAUCCUUCGCCGAAAAAAAGAGCAUUGAUGAAAUUCUAGCACACUUUUCCACCACACAUGAAAUCUCCGUCAUUGAAUACGGUGCCCCUAUACUCGCCCCAUUCCUUGGACGACCAUUUGUAGGAAGUCAGGCCGUGAAACAGUACUUCGACCUUAUCUCAUCGCUGCUUAGCUACAAGGAAAUGGCAUUCUCAGAGUACGUUGUGGAUACAGAGGUUCUCAAGGCGUCUGUGAAGGGAAGAGCCGAAUUCACCUGGUUAAACACAUGCCAAUCGUGGAAUGAGACAUUCACCUAUACUUUGGAUUUUGAUGAAGAGGCAAAGAUUACUCGUUAUCAAGUAUGGGCAGACUCUGGAUCAGCCUAUUUGGCAAGUCAUGGGCGACUAAACAAACCGGAGACAUAA